AUGGAAAUUGCAACAGCCCCUUCAGCCGAGGGCAUCACGACUAACGUACCAGCAUCUGAGGCACCUGCCGUCGGGCCCAGCCAGGGCGCUGACUUGGCCGACCUUGCGGAAGCUACCCAGGGCUUCGAGAUUACCAAGAAACCUAACGGGAACCAACGAGCCGUCGAGGGUGGCGACGACGACAUCGCCUCCGAUGCUAGCAGCGCGUUAAGCACAGAGGCUUGGAGGUCCGGGACCUUCGAAAGCGACCUCUUGAAUGCGUUGGACAACGUUCAGACGCAGGGCUCUUUCGCCUCGUUUCACCCGCUGAAGCGUGUAGACCCAAACCUCUUCGUGCACGAUGUCGGGCCAAUCGUUUUGCCACUGCAAGAACCACAGAUCCGGCAGAUCAUCGACAAAGCCAUCCAGGCGCCCUUUGGUAAGGGGAGCGAGACCAUCGUUGACACAAAGGUGCGAAACACGUGGGAGCUGGACCCGAAGCACUUUGAGUUGCUUAGCCCCCGCUGGCGAACCGACCUCCAUAGGAUUUGUGCCAUCGUCGCUGGCGACAUGGGCAUCAGGUCGUCGGUCACCGCGGAGCUGUACAAGCUGCUGGUUUACGAGAAAGGGGCUAUGUUCAAGGUCCAUACCGACUCCGAAAAGUGCCCCGGCAUGUUCGGGACGCUUGUCAUCUGUCUCCCCUCGCCGCACGAGGGCGGCGACGUAGUUGUGAAGCAUGCCGGCCUGACGAAGACGUUCAAGACAUCCGCGGUCGACCAGUCCUUUGCCUGCUGGUACUCCGACGUCCAGCAUGAGGUUCUGCCCGUCACGCAUGGCUACCGCGUCGUUCUCACGUACAACCUCACGAUCGACCAGGCAGCUGAGCGGCCGUCCGCCGGGCUCUUGCGAAGCGAGACACGCAUGCUUCGGCAUACCCUGAUGAGGUGGCUGUGCACCGGAGCUGGGAGCGAGGAGGUGAGCCAUGUCUACUACGGCUUGGACCACGAGUAUACAGAGGCGAACAUCUCCUUGAAAGCUCUGAAGGGGCGGGAUCUGGCCGUGGUACAGACUCUGCAGGAACUCGCGUCUGAACUUGAGUUCGAUGUGCUCCUGGCCCUGACGGAGAAGAUGGAGAUGGGUUCUGCAGAGCCCCAUGGCUACGAUCCUCGCUAUGACACUUACAGGCCCUCGCGCCGCCAACUCGAAGAAGACGAGAUGGCGCCUCACGAAAUUGACGAAGUCUAUGAUACGGAACUCACCGUCAAGGUGCUCGUGGACCUAAGCGGGCGUCCCAUCAUUCGCGAUAUAGCGUUGGAGCAGGAUAGUUGCCUUCAAGCCGAUGGUUUCUUUGAAGGAGUCAGCCGAAAGGAGGAGUUUGAGGGGUUUACGGGUAAUUCGGGAGCUACAGCUACCCACUGGUACUGUGUGACGGCUGCACUGAUCAUCCGGCGCGAUAGGAUCAACCAGUUCCUCGCCGAAUCUGCCGUCGCGGGCUCAUAUCGUAGUGCCGCGAGCACCAAACUUCUGCUGGACUACCUCGCAGAUUCGAUACUGAAGGACGCGCGCAACAAGGAAUCAGCCUUCAACACGCUCAAGGAUAUUUGGACGAGGGCCAGUGCCCUGACCGGAGCAGCCAGGUGGGAAAUGGACAUCAAUACCAUCGGCAAAAUGCUGCGGGCCUCCAUUCGAAUGGAGCGGUGGGAGUUCUUUGAGAGCAUGGCUGAAAACAUUCGCGUUAACUUACCAUUUGAGUACUACACGUGGCUCCGCGAGCAGGUUAGCGAAGGCAAGGUACUAUUUGACAAGGUCAAAACUGGCUUGGCCUCCAAUGUUCUCGGAGACAGACUUUUCUUCCACAUAUGUACCGCCUUAGAAUCGUUCGCUCCGGCUGAUCAGCCAUUGACGGAAGAGUUUCGGCAAUGGGUGCGAGAGACCCUCGUCAGAGGCCUGACAGCCUCUGCUGAGUCUGCUUGUCUCACGUGCCAUGAUGGUACGUCGAUAGUCGCAAGCGCGAAGAAGUAUGCCUACUUCGACUGGCUUUCCUCUGUCGCCAUGCCCCUCAUCGAAGAUCAAUUCAUCACGCCGGCAUUUACCACCGAGUUCUUGGCAACGUUGUUUAGCUACGCCGUGAAAAAUUAUUUUUCAGCCAAGGAAGCAUUGGGGCUGUACAAACGAGUUGCGAAAGGCUUUGUGGAAAAGCUGAACUUCAGCAGGAUCCACGGCACCAAGACUGAGGAGCAGACCCCUAAGGCACCAAGGCACAGCUAUGGUCAAACGACGCCAGAGUCCAACACCGUUGCCUACAACAAUUUAGCAGUGACUCCCGCCGCCCUAGCCAGUCUCUUCUACGGUCUCAUAAAGUUGAGCAGGCCACCACAUGACGACCCGGUCAUGCCGCUGGCCAUGAAACUUGUCAGCUUCUCCCCGAAGAUGCGGUCUGCCGACUUCGACCCACUAUGGAUUCCCUUCCUGCAGCAACUCAUAACCGUUCUCGAAGAAUUAAAUAUACCUUUCACCACACCACGCUACCAGCAAAUAUUUGGCGCCGUGCUUGAGUCCUACCGCGAUAAUUACGUUGGCCAGAAGCCGGUAACCCAGAUUUCGUCGCUUCACGGUGGCAUGCACGUCCACGCGCGGUCGCGCUGCGCCUGCCUCAAUUGUCAUAGACUAAACCGGUUCCUCGAGAAUCCUGGCGAGUACGUCUGCCGGUUCUCUGUCAAUAAGAAGACACGGUAUCAUCUGCACCAGGAGAUUGAGCGGAACCGCAUACAGUGCUCGCAUGAGACCGAGCGCAAUUGGCCGACAGAAACGCUGGUCGUCACGAAGCUGAGAGAAAAGGAGGAGAGAAAGUACGCGGAAAGGCAGAAGCGGGCAGCCGAGAGAUUCCAGGAGUUUGACCAGACGAAGCUGGGGCUGUUACUCGGUGGGGACUAUCCUGCCAUCGCGCAGGGCCUGUGGAAGCGGCCUGUGAAUCUGGCAUCGGAACGUGGAGGGUCGACGCACACACUGGCGGCGGGCCCGCCGCAGCCCGGGACCAUGCCGGGGCUGAGACCGACCGCUGCCAUUCCCGCUGUUUCGUCACUAGCCAACGUGCCGGUGUCUGGUUCUUUCAAUGCUUUCACUACUGCCCCUGGGAUAGCCCUAGACGGAGUUGUCUCGCCGACGAACCCGAGCUGUCUGUCGCAGCCAUUGCCCAGUUGUGGAACUACAACUCUAAUGACAGGAGCAGCGGCUCCUCCACCGCAACCGACUCCUUUUCCUUCAAGGGUUUCCAAACGGAAAGCCGAGUCAGAGAUAAUCGAUCUGACUUAG